AUGGCUUCCAUUACAGAACGGGAUUUACCUCUUCCCUGGCCUUUUUUUUUUAAUUCACCACCUUUAUUUUCGAUCUCUUUUUUCUUUCAUUAUUCUAUUUUUUAUUUAUUUCUCUCUUUCUGCCUUGCCAUUUCUCCCUCUCUCGUUCUCUCUCUCGUUCUCUCUCUUUCUCUCGCUCUCCUUCUCUCUCUUUCUCUCUCUCUCUUUCUCUCUCUCCUUUCUCUCUCUCGCUCUCCUUCUCUCUUUUUCUCUCUCUCUCUUUCUCUCUCUCCUUUCUCUUUCUCUCUCCUUCCCUCUCUCUCCUUCUCUCUCUCUCUCUGUAUGUAUCAUAUACUUACGCACUCGUACUUUUUUGUUCUUUUUCUAUAUUUUCUCCUCAAUCUCUAUCACUUGCUUCUCUCCCCCAACUCCCCCUCUCUCUCUCCUCUUCUCUCUCGCUCUCCUUCUCUCUCUCUCUCUUUCUUUCACUCUUUCUCUCUCUCUCUCUAUCCUACUCUCUCUUUCUCUCUGUAUUUAUCAUAUACUUACGCACUUGUACUUUCUGGUUCUCUUUCUAUAUUUCUCCUCAAUCUCUAUCACUUGCUUCUCUCCCCCCAACUCCCCCCUCUCUCUCUCUAUCUCUCUCUCUCUAUCUAUCUCACUAUCACUCUCUCUAUUUAUCUAUCUAUCUGA